GAACGACCCCUCACCGUACCGCCCCAUUUCUCUGACCAGACAAAUCCAUCACCUCCACCCAUUACUGAUCCUCAUUCUAAUACACAUCCACCCAUAAAUCCCCCUACUCGAUCGACCUCCGUCAGCCCAAUUCAAAAUAUUAUAAUGGCACCUAUAUCAAUGUUCACACCCAUUAUUGAACCAACGAGUGUUAAACAAGCCUUGUCUCAUCCCCGAUGGCGUGCUGUUGUGGAAGAGGAAAUGGCUGCUCUUCACCGGAACCAUACAUGGACGCUUGUUCCACGCACGUCACAGAUUGAAGAAUUGAUAUCAAUCCAAUACAAAUUUGAAGGCAUUGGCAGCAAUUAUAUCAAUUCCAAGUAGGACAGGGUGGCCAUUUUAUCAAGUAGUGAGAGUUAGAUUAGUUAGAUGGCUGGAUGAUGGAUUCAGUUCUCCAUUUCCCCCUCCCUAUAUAUACACUAGGCAAAUGUGGGUACGUAUUAUUCGAUCAGUUGGCCAUAUUCCUAGCUAUGAUAGAUAGUGAUGCAUGCACUAUGAGACUUUUUAUUUGAUUUAAUAUACUCUAUAAUCUUUAUAUAUUUAUAUAUAUUUAUAAAUACAUCCAAGUUAUAUACUCUGUAAUUGGUAAUAUUAUUACUUUUACUUUACCAGAUAACUUUUGAUAAGUGGGUUAAAUUGUUACCAAAUUAAACAAGGAAUGAUGCUUUGUUAUCUGGUCCCUAGUUUACCAUGUGCUUAUGUUUAAAUGAAUAUGCGCCAUCAUUGAAGAAAUAGUACGAAGUACAAUAAUGUUAGGGUUUUGGCCAUAUUUGUUUACCCUAUAUUUUUGUCAAAAGAUGUAAAUCUAAGUUAUUAGAGCAAUCGGUUCCAUUCGCAUGUCGCAUAAGCUAUUGUUCUUAAUUCGUUGAUUAAGCGUAUCACUACCCAUUAAUCAUACAUCAUCUGUAUUGACUAAUUGAUCGAGUAAGCUUCAGCUAGCUAGCUCCGUAAUUACUUGAAUUUAAUACCUCCCACAUAAGAAUGAUUUUAAGAGCCCGUUUGGUAGCAUGAAAAUUGGCUGAUUGGAUUGAUUCUACUGAAAUUUAUAGUGUUCUGGCUGAAGUGGUUGCAUUGACUGAUUCUGCUAAUUUAAGAAAAAUUUAUUUUUAAAAUAUACUUUAUUAAUUAAAUAAAGAAAAAUUAUAUGUAAAAAUAGCUAAAAUGGUCAUUUACGAUAACUUAAACCAAUACAACUAGAAAAGUAACUCUAACCUUACGUUUUCUGCUUAUUACACAAUUCAGCGCGUGAAAGCAAAAGUUACGUGUUUGGUGAAAAUGUUGACUGAUAGAUAAGCCUUGACGAAGCGGUCUAGCUCAGCUGCUUGUUGAGUCACUCUCCCUUAUGGGACGUCCCGAAUUCAAUUCUCAUAGGAGUGAGAUUGAUCAUAGUUUACCCCGAGCCCCCCAACCCCCCUCCCCCGACGUCCCCUGGGGUAAAAAAGGUUGGCUGAUAAGCCUGAUAAGCCGAAAAACAGUGUUACCAAACAGCCACUAAAAUUGGCUGAGGUUGAUUCUUGCUGAAGUGGCUGUGUUAACUGAUUCUGCUGAUUCAUGAAAAAAUUAUAUUUAAAAUACUUGUCAUUAAUAAAUAAAAUAAAAAAAUAUAUGAAAAAACAGCUAAAACGAUCAUCUACAAUAACUUCAGCCAAUACAGCCAUAAAAGUGACUUCAACCUUGCCUUUUCUUCUUAUUACAUGAUUCAGUGCGUGGAAUAAAAAAUUACUCCCUCCGUCCCGCAAUGAAGUUCUCAGUUUGACCUACACACAUAUUUAUGUAUGGUAGAGUUUUGUUUGACUUUCCAAAUUUACCCUUACUUUAUGUCAAAUCAAGCAAAAAGUGGGUAAAAAGUAAGGGUAGUUGUGACUUUUGAGAUAAAAGUGAUUUCCUUUUAUGAAAAUGAGAACGUUUUUUGGGGACAUCCAUAAAAGGAAAGUGAGAACUUCUUUACGGGACGGAGGUAGUACGUGUUUGGUGAAAAAACUGAUUGAUAAGCCUAAUAAGUCAAAAAGGGGUCGCCAAACGGGCUCCAAGUAUGAAUGAGUGAUUCACUUGUACGCACCUGUCCAACUUGGAAUUGACAUAAUUGCUGCCAAUGCUUUCAAAUUUGUAUUGAAUUGAUAUCAAUUCUUCAAUCUGUAUGAUUUUUAUCAUUACUUAUAUGAUCGAAUAUAUUACCCAUAUGCAGUUAAUACCAAAUAUUUCAGAAUAUAUUGUAAUAUGUAAUAACAUGUUAUCAUAUACGUUCAGGGGCGGACAGGGGCGGAGCCAGGACACUGGGCCGGACUGGGCCGAUACAAAGAAUAUUUUUGGGAAAAAAUUUACACGGAAUUUUUUACACUAAAAAUAUAGAGAUUUUUAAAAUUUGGGCUGGGCCGGGCCAGGGGUGGCCACCCCCUAGCUCCGCCCCUGGGGGCGGAUCUAGAAAACUUAGUUAUUGGGGGCACCGUGCUUACCAAAUAAUUCAUCCGAUUCUAAAUAAACUUCACACUUUUCUUAUUGGGUAGGUCUAAAAUAAGCUUCAAACCUCUAUUUUUUGAUAACUUUUUAAUAUAGUUACCUUUAUAAUACUCUUACUUUAUUAAGUCUAUUACCUACUUUACACUCAUUUUUCUCUCUCACUACACAUAACCUACUUUUCUUUAGAUCAUGAUGAGAAAGUUAAAAGAAAAAAUUCCACUUUCUUAAAGAACGUAAAGUCAAAUUGUGAAAUUUAUUUAGGACCGGAUGGAGUAAAAGUUAUAAAAGUUUGAAAUAACAAACAUAUACUUGAAUUUAAAGAGAUGUAAGUUAUAUCAUUCUUCAUAAACAAAUUACUCGAAAUAGUACUAAAACAUUGACAAAGUUCUAAAUCAGGAUUAAAUAUGUUUUCUUCUUAAAUAAUCAAAUAAAUAAAAGUCAAAGUCCUUAAAUUGUCUGAUUAAAAUUUCAAUCCAACUAAACUCAAUUUCAUACUUGAUUGAUCAUGACAUUGUACUCAUAGUAUUUUUAAGGGAAAGUUCCCAAAAUAGGACUGUCAUGUUUUUUAUUCCCAAAAUAGAAGUAAUUACUGUCAAGGUUGGAAAAUACUGUCAUUUUUAGGUCAGGUACUGCCAAAACAUGGCAGUAAUUAGUCCUAUUUUAGGAAUAAAAACAUGACAGUCCUAUUUUGGAAUUUUCAAACUUUUUAGUCCUAUUUCAGGUAAUAUUCUCUAUUUUUAAUCAUAUUUUUACAAAUACAAUUUAUUUUAAUAGUAUUUUUGAAAAACCUCUAAUUAAUAAACCUUCUUUAGAGACUAAUCCAAUUGUAGAGUGUAGUUUUUAGAAAACUGUUUCGAUAGUGGGUAAUUAUCUUGCUUAACUGCUUAAGCAUUCUUUAAGGUUUUGUUUUGAAAGUUCUUUCUUUAGGAUUUAGAUAUUAGAAUAAUAUAAGGUUAAAAUCAGGGGCGGACGUACUCUAUAACUAGAGUAUGCAUAGGCUACACCUCAAAAACAAUUGUUAGCCUAGUGGCAACAUUGUUUAAAUAAACUUUUGGGUUAGGCUACAUGUCACAUGUUUGAAACUGCUCAAGGGCUUCAUUUGAACUUUUAUUUUUUAAAUGCAACACUGAUGUGCUACAUGUUAGGCUCACUGACUUCCAUCUUUGUCGAAUAUCUUGAAAUUUUAAAAAUAUUUAAAUUAAAAAUUCUCCACCAGUCACCCAUUUAUUAAACCUACUAGGCCAUUAAGGCUAAUACCCAAUCGACAAUUGCUUUAAGAAAAAGUAAAGAGCAGAGGCGACUUGAUCCACUACCACGGCCAUUUUUUUUUGUUUUUUAUAGGGAGAUUUACCUAAAUGAGAGUGAUUAUAUUCUUAAUUGCCAAAAUAGGAUUAAAGUAUAAAAAUUCCCAAAAUAGGAGUUAUUAUUUGUAGCCUGACAAAAAUACCCCAGAAGCUUGACAAACAGACUCCCACCAACAAAGAGCAUGACCAGCUGCCUCCGGACACCUGCGGCCGCCUCCGUCCACCGCCUGCCGCCGGCCUCGGAUGCCGUCUUUAGCCGCCGCAACCUCAAAACUAGCCGCUGUUGCAGAUCUGUUGACCGCCGUCGUAGAUCUGGCCGCCACCUUCCUAGAUCGAAGCAGAUCUGGCCUCUGUCGACCGCCGACCCUGCAGAUCCAGCCGCCAAUCCAGCUGCUGCUACCACAGAUCCGACGGACGCCAGCACUGAUGCCAAACUUUUGAACAAAAUGCCACUUUUGAACAAAAUGCCAACAUAAAUCGAGAUUGCCAUUUUAAUGUCAUUUUGUAAGAAAAAUACGAAAUUUUUAAAGAGUAAAAAUGCCAAUAUUAUGGCACCUUUUAAAAAAUUUGGAAAUUGUAACAACCUGAUUGAAAACCACGUUUGCAUCCUUCAAGAGCAAUUAAAAAUUCUAAAUGAGAAGAGAGAAAAAGAACUCGGAGCCUAGCAUCACCGCCACACCAGAUCCAGACGGGAAAUUUGAAGAAACGGAGGAGUAAGAGGAAGAGGAGAUCUGGCGGUUGCUGCCGCUGCUCGCCGGCGCACGUUGCCGCCGCUAGCCGGUGCACGUUGCUGCUUUCGAUGGGGCUUGCUGCUGCUCGUGGUUGAGGCCAAGCAAUCUGCUGCGCACAAAGAUGCGGCCAGGUUGAAUUGAAAUUGACGUGCGAAUAAAAUGACAAGUAGGGUUUGCUAUGGGUUUAAAUGAUUAGGGGUAAAAUUGGAAGAAAAGUUUUAUUUAGUGAAUAAAAUUAUACUACUCCUAUUUUGGAAUUUCAGCAUUAACUUAGUCCUAUUUGGGGCUAUUUUCCCUUUUUUAUAUUCUCUUAAUAUAAUUGAUUAAAUUAUUAUUACUCUUAGUGCUAAAAGAUAAUCAUUAUUACUCCAUAUUAUGAGUUAAAAUUAUAUUUUAAAAUUGUUAUUUGGGCAAUAGUUUUCAUUAUAAUAAGUUAAUAGCUUCAUGAAGGUUAUAAAUUAAUUUAUUUUUUAACUUCUAUGAAAAUGUUGUUGUUAAUGAAGAACAUUUUCAUAUCGUUUUUAUAUUGUAAAUAAUAUCUUAUAAAAAUACAUUUUUGUUCAAAAUUUAACUUGGUUGACUAAAAUCCAAAGAUGACAACAUUUUAGAGAAUGAAUGGGGUAUUAUAUACAUUUAUACUGGUAGUACUAUUUGUGCAUAAACUGACGGCCGAUGCCUAGAUCCGUCACUGGUUAAAAUGAUAGUGAACAUUUACAAAAUACUCCGUUAAUUUUUAUGGCAGGUUAACGCUUUGUAACAUUUGCAUUGCAAAUGAUUCUGAAGUAUUUAAUGGGGGCACUCUAAUUUUUUGUUGGGGCACAAUUGAUUAAUUGACAAAAAGUUGGAAAAAAAACCUAAAAAGCCAAAGGUUAUUGGGGGGCAAGUGCCCCUAUUGUUUAUAGGGUGCAUCCGCCCCUAAUAUGUAGUAUGUUUCAAUUGAACUUUACAUUGUCAUGAGUCAACUGUGUGUAUUAAAAGGUAUUCAAUUUUAAAAAAUACUUUUUGGAGUAUAUCUCAACCAGAAAAAUUGAUACGACGAGAGUAUGAAUUGUAGUCUAAUACAUAGUAGAAGAUUGUGGGCUAUUUCAGAUUGAUAUUUUACGUACAUACUUCUGGGUGCAAAUUUUGGCCCUCAUAAACCAUAACGUGUGACAAAACCUAUCGACGAGUUAUUCUAUCUCAAAGUUCGUAUCAAAAUAGCGACAGCCGUUUACAAUAUCAAAAUCAAAAGUUUUUUAACAGUCUAGACUAUAGAGAGGUGAAUAUCCAGUUGUUAUAUCGUUGGAGCAGCUCAUGAUGAGUAUAGUACUUCCACGUGUGAACAUUUUUUGUGUUUCAGUAACAGAAUGUUGUUACUCGUGCAUAAAGCAAUGUAACUCACGUUGAAAGAAAUGUAACUGUAGGUCAGUCAAAAGGGAAAUAAAACAAUGAUUCAAUGUGUAAACAAUGAAAAAAGUUUAAUUCCUCAAAUAUUUUAUGUAAAUAGUGAAUAUGUUUU